UCCUCCAGCAGUCUCGUCCAGCGUCUGCGCUCAGGACAGAGGCUCAGUUCAUGCUGCUGCUCUGACCGGCUGCAGCAUCACUGGACCUGUAACCUUCAACUUCAGCACAGACCUACCUGCUGAGGGAAAACCAACAGCCUCUCAACAGCCUGCUGUCCUCACUCAAGCUGUGGGCAGGGAGGAGGCCGUGAUGCGGAGGCUGAAGGCCAACCUGGCCCUGCGGUACGCCCGCGUCUUUGAGGGCAGCUCCACAGAGGGGCGGGCGAGGAAGGUGGACGACAUCUACACGGACCUCUUCAUCGUGGACGAGUACACGGGCGGAGCCCUGAAGGGUCACGAGGCCUGCUGGAUGGAGCAGAACCGCUCCAGAUGGUCCACCUGCAGUUCCCGGGUGCACUGCAACGACGUCUUCAGAAUCCAGCCCGACUGCCGGAAGGUUCUGACACUGGGCGUGGCCGGGGUGGGGAAGACUGUCUCCGUUCACAAGUUCAUCCUGGACUGGGCCCAAGGAAGGGCCAAUCAGGACCUUGCGUUUCUGUUCCCGCUGCCGUUCCGCCAGUUAAAUGUGAAGUCGAAGAGGAAGAGGAGUCUGUGGGAGCUGCUACAGCAGUCAUUCCCCGAGCUGAAGGAGCUGGACUCCCUGCCGACCGCAGGUACCGUCAUGUUCGUCUUCGACGGGCUGGACGAGAGUCGCGUCCGGCUAGAGUUCCAGAAGGAGCUCGCCAGCGACCCGAUGGAAUCCUCCGUCAGACUGGACGUCCUGGUCGCCUCUCUGAUCUCUGGUCACAUGCUGCCCGCCGCGUACGUCUGGGUCACGUCUCGUCCCGCGGCAGCCAAUAAGAUCUCCUGUUUCUUCGACCAGGUGACGGAGGUGCGGGGCUUCACGGACGAGCAGACGGAGAGGUAUUUCGAGAAGAACACCCGCGAACCCACGGCCCGUAGAAUCAUCGCGCACGUGAGGAAGACGAAGACGCUUCGGGUCAUGUGCCAGUUGCCCGUGUUCUGCUGGAUUCUGUCCGUCGUCCUCGAGGAGAUGUGGAACAGGGAGGCCAAAGAGACUCCAACUCCCAGCAUUCCCGGCGAGACUGCGAGCGUCAUCCCUCUCAGCAAGACCACAACUCCCAGCGUUCCCAGUGAGACCUCCACUCCCAGCACUCUCACAGAGAUCUACACGCGCUUCCUGCUCUACCAGCUGGGCAGGCGCAGUGAGACACAAGAAUACGACUCCCGGCGUUCCUCGGUAUCUCAGAGCCUCCUCAACCUGGGCAAGCUGGCCUUCCUCCACCUGGAAAAGAGACAGUUGGUCUUCGACGCCGCGGACCUACGGGCGUGCGGCGUGGACGACGGCAGCAAGAACUCCGAGUUCUCCGUCACCUGCACGCAGAUCUUCAAGGAGGAGAGCGCCGACCAGGAGAGCCGCCUGUACAGCUUCGUGCACCUGAGCGUGCAGGAGUACCUCGCCGCGGUUUUCACCUUCUACGCCAACCGGCACCGCAAGCCUGGCGUGCGCCAGCGCCUCCUGGGCAGAACCACCUUUGACCUCCAGAAGGCCAACGUGGACCGGGCCCUAAGGAGCGAGGACGGACACCUGGACCUGUUCCUGCGCUUCCUGCUGGGGCUCUCCCUGGAGCCCAACCAGCGGCUGCUGCGGAGGUUGCUGCCCGAGCUGGACCCGUGCGACGAGCCUGUGGACAAAAUCGUCCAGUACAUCCACAGGACCAUCCGUGAGCGGAGCUCACACACACACACACACACACACUCAGCCGAGCGGAGCAUCAACCUGUUCCACUGCCUGAGCGAGCUGCGGGACGAGUCGCUGGUGCAGGAAGUGUCGCGCUGCCUCCUGCAGGGGGCGCUGAGGGCGGCGGAGCUCACGCAGACGCAGUGGUCGGCGCUCUGCUUCCUGCUCCUCACGGCCGAGGAGACGCAGACGCAGUUUGAGCUAAAGAGGUACUGGGCCUCCCCCCAGGGCCUGAGGAGACUGCUGCCGGUGGUGAGGAACACACAGCGAGCUCUGCUGCAUCAGUGUGUCCUGAUGGAGCCCAGCUGCAGACUCCUGGCCUCUGCUCUGACCGCAGGCCCCGCCCCCCUCACCGUGUUGGACCUGAGUGAUAACCCCCUGCUGGACGGAGGAGUGAAGGUCCUCUCCGCUGCUCUACGGAGGGCAGAGUGCCCCCUGCACACACUCAGGCUGGACGAUGUUGGAAUGAGUGGUGAGGGGUGUGGCCCUCUAGUCUCCGCCCUGAGGUCAAAGGUCGCCCAUCUGAGAGAGCUGGACCUCAGCAGGAAUUACAUCAGAGACUCAGGAGCCAAUCAGAUUGCUUUACUCCUGAAAGACCCGCCCUGCAGGCUGGAAAAACUAUGGUUGAGGGACUGUGGGAUUCGGGAGGAGGGCGGAGCUGCAGUGGGCCUGGCCCUGUGCUCUAACCCCGCCCAUCUAAGACUGAUUGACUUGAGCUCCAAUCAGCUGCGAGACUCCGGGGUCAGGCACGUGAUGACAUCACUCAGUGAUCAGCGAUGCAGACUUGAAUGCUUGAGGCUCGAGGACUGUGGUCUCAGUGAUGUGAGCUGUACUGCGUUGGCCUCGGCCCUGCAAUCCAACCCUUCACACCUGAGAGAGCUGGACCUGAGCAACAACUCAGUGGGAGACCAAGGAGCCAAACUCCUCCGAAAUAUGCUGACACAUCCCCAAUCUCACUUGAAUAAUCUCAGGUAG